CUCCUCGAGAGCACACUUCCGUCGACUACCAUGUGCUCAGGAGAAUGGCUGAUCCCUGAAGCUAGAGUGCGCCGGAAUGAUGCUAAGCGUAGGCUGCAGGAGAUUCAAGAGCUCCAGGUAGCCUCGGUAUGCCUGGGCAUCGAGCAUCUCAUGAACAAGCGCCGGAAAUGUGCCAAGGGGGCCGCCACGCGAGUACGCCCCGCCCCCCCGGCGGGGCAACAACAAGCACGCCUCUCCCGAGAGAGUGGCGACGCCCGCGACUCAUGCAGCAGCGACGGUCGCGAUCACCAGCACCCGUGCCGGCUCUGCGAGUCCACGCUCCGCGUCCUCAGCACGGCCCUCUUGCACGUCAAGCGCUGCCGCCAUAAUCGGAAGAAACACCUGGAUGACGACAAAAAGAGCGGCAACAACGCGCGGGCACCUCCCGCCGUCUCCUCCUCCGGUGACGGCUGCGACGCCUGCCGAAUGUGGUCCGCCGUCGGCGACUGUUGCGCUUCCCUCGGCAUCCCCUUCUCCAACGGCAGCAGCAGCAGCGUCCUCUUUUCCACCGGUGGUGGCGUUGAAGGCGGGGUCGGCGGCGGCAGGGUGGUGGGCAGCAGCAGACGCGCUACCACCCUCUCUACGGGAGGAGUCGACCCACUCGACGAGUCAUUGGGGGGAAGGGUACUCGUCAAUGAAUAAGCAGAUAUUGAUAUCUUGGUGUAAUUUGGAAGCAGUUCAAUUGUGUUUUGGUGUCGGCAGCGGCGCCUUGUUUUCCAUCCUUCGAUUGGGUACGUCGGGGUGCAGAGCGGGGUGGGACUUUUAUUUCCCCCCUUCUAUGUUGGCCCCUUUGGGACUGUAGUUGUCUCACAUGUAUGUGCUUGGUAUAGACAGGGGCAACCAAGGUUGAGAGAGUCGAGGGCUCUCAAGGGUCGACAGGGACAGAUCAGUCUCAAAGACCGAGAGGGGCAAAACUCUCUCAAGAGUGCUCGGGUUGCCGCCCUGUUAUCUGUGGCCAGCACGUGCUCCAUACGGUUCUCCGGGAGAUGGGCUUGUUGUUGCACAACGGCUCUUUGCAAAUGUCCCCCAGGAGAACCACCAGUUUUUGAAACAAACGGGUUAGGCUGUCAUCAAAGGCGCCACUUGUUUCUCAUCCGUGGAAGGGUCUUUCCGUGCUCGUCCGCAGAUGAUGAAAAAUGUGUUUUGUAGUAGUCAGUGGAAUUUCGAAAUCCUGCGGGGCACUACAUGUGUGGUAUGUAAAUUCGACGCAUCGGCGGAAGGAGGGCCAGCAGGAUGGAGGAUGAUGCGGUGGGGGGGUACUCGCGUAAACGCAUGCCCUCACGGAGCGAUAGGCCGGAUUUUCGCCGGCCCGAGCUGCGUUUCACAAGGAUGACCCAGAAGCUGCGUGUCACCCUUCCGUUUGCCGCGCCAAACCAGAUAAUACCAGGGGUUGAUUGGGCAUCCCGGGGGAGUAGGAUAGGAUCGAUGACGUUUGCUAGGGAGCCAGCGUAUCUGUGCAAGCACACGUCUCUUCGUUCGCGCCACUCGUGACGUAUGUGCUGUGUGCCCCCGCCGCCGCUACUGUCUGUUGAAGACCAUAGCAUAAACACCGCUAUUACGCCUCAAGUUUCACCGGGUCGACGGGAGACCGUGAGUGCGGUGCUGUGUAAAUACGGCGUGCUGUAUUUUUGUCUUGCACUAAGUUUGCACCAUGGGUUCAUCAUUUGAUGGAAUCCAUUGGGGUGGUUGGUCACAGUGCUGUGGUAGAUGUUUAGAUGUAAGCUGGUAGUGCACGCAUCUACGUUACGACGAGAUUCCCGCACGCGUGUGACUUCAAGCAUCAGUCUGGCCUUGUUUCCGCUUGAUAUGAGGGGGUAUGAAUCAGCGGUCGAGCUUUGCAACCGCGGACGAUCCGGAUAAGGCUAGACAAACGUAGGCAGUCACUUUUUCCAGGUUAAAGUAGUUGUGUGAGUGGUGGAUUUGGGGCGAAAGCGAGGUGCGUAGUGUUUGUUCCACCUGUUCUAAAGAAGGUCGUUAAACCAAACAUAAACCGGCGGCUUACGUCUGCGGAAGCUCCUGGUUGGCUGACUGAAGACACGCGCAUGUCGCCCUCGUGUUCCGUUGGGAAGCUCGUGAAGCAUGGGUUCGUUGCAAGCGCCCUUGCGAAAUGUCACAGGCAAGGGCUGGUUGGUGCGUAUCCAAGGAGAAACGGACAAGCAAGAGAGAGAGAAGAGGGGAAACACAUCCCGACAUAUUCUCAUUUACCCUCCAGACGCAACUACCCACGGUUUCGCCGCAAAACAAACGGUUGCAGCAACAACACUAGCAUCCACGAACCGUAAACCCUUCUCGUGCAAGAUGUUGGCGCUAGGUGGUCGAAGGAUUCUACCUCGCCGCCGGGGUCUCGUGAUUACAGUUAUACUGCAGUUGUCGAAACAAGGGGGGAUACCACGGAGGACGCACUGUUACGCGUGGCUCGGAAUACACCUUCUCUUGGGAUAAAGGGCAUGCGUCUCGAACCUCCCGUCUAGGGUACAGUCAUCGAGUAUCUUCUGAACAGCACGUGGCACUCCAAGCUUUUCACUCCCACAAAGGGCAUUCCUGCUCACCAAGGCGAGGGGUCACCCUACUCCUUCUCUGGUUCCCAGCCACCGUGCCCCCCAUUUCCCUCUACCCCACUCUAUGCGAAGAGGAAGGCCGAUGCGGGGGUGUCAUGCACUGCAUCGAGGAUAUGGUCUCCUUGAGGCUACCCGACCGCCCCUUCUUCCAGUGCACACUCCCCCUCCCCC